CCUUUAAUAUUAGUUUUUAUUUCCCCUGCUCUCAAUCUGUCAAACAAAGACAGCCCCCCGCCCCUCCCUUUUAUUCACAUUUCAGCUUCCGUUUCUAUUUCGUCUCUUUGUUUACCAGAUAUUCUCUUUUCAUUUCUAAUACAACACUGGCAGCUUUUCGGAAGACAUCAGCCUCCAGACUCGACUGAAGCCGUCUGUGCGGGGUUGUGGUUUGAUGGACAUGAAGCGAAUGGAUGUGUCUCGGUUCAUGCUUUUUGAAGCCACCGGGGAUUCCGAGGCUGACGGUGACGCUGACAUCAUCAUGGAUGAACAAUUUGCCGGAGCCGUCGGUGAAGAAGACGACGACGACGACGACGAUGAUGCUCAGUCUUGCUGCCACGAGGGAUCUGAGAGUCACAACUGGGAUCUGGGUGAUCAACAUCUCAAUGGGCAUGCAUCUCGUUUUGCCGAUGCUGAGUUUGAGCAUCGUGACGGGCAGGAAAACGAUGGAGAAGAAACUGGUGUACACGGAACGUCGUAUUGUGAUGAUGAUGAGAUUCAGAAACACAAGCACCGAUCGAGUUUGUCGGUGGACUCAGGGCAGCAGUUGAUGGACGAGAUGGAAAAGAACAGGCGAUUCUGGGAAGCUUGCUUGGCAUCUUGAUUCUGUCUUCAUUUUCUGAGUCUCCACACACGCUCGGUCGUCUUUCCUAUGUAAUUUAGGCUUUGUUACCCGAAUUCGAUAUGUAAUUUCCCCCCACUGUGUUCAAAGAGAGAAUGGGGUGGUGGUUUAAUGAAGUAGCAUUUAAUUAAUUGUACAUAGUUGCUUAAACUGAUGCGGUGACUGCUCACCUCUCUUGAAGAUUCGUCAUCGAUGCGCAACCCAUUUCUGCACUUUCCUUACUUUUUUCUUUCCUGUUAGUUUUUAAGUCAUAAUUUCUCAAGUUUCGAUUGUAACAGAUGACGGAUUAUUGUGUCUUCAUUCUAAAUUUAGCUGCUCUAGAA